AUGGCUGCGAUAGCAUCAAACUUGCCGAUGGAGAUGCGGGGGGAGAUGAACGAGCUGCGGUUAAAUUUGCGGGAUUCACAGCUUGAGAAGGAUCCUCUUCGCCGGCGUAAUCUUCUUCGAAAAGUAAUUGCUCUCAUGACAAUGGGCGUAGAUACGUCGUGUCUCUUUACUGAGAUGAUACUGGCGUGCUGUACGACGGACAUUGUUAGCAAAAAACUUAUUUACUUUUAUCUCAUCAGUCGCUCAGAGAACAACGCGGAGCUGGCACUGCUAAGUAUUAACACCCUGACAAAAGAGUGUGGGGAUGAGAGUCCGUUAGUGCGCGGUCUCGCCCUGCGUUCGCUGGCAUCGUUGCGUCUACCAAAGCUAUUUGUUUUUUUGAUCCCCGUCGUAAAGAAGGGCUUCUCGGACGUCUCGCCUCAUGUGCGUAAAACGGCUUGUCUUUGCGCAUUGAGGGUGUUUCGCAUCUCCCCUGUUGAGUUUCACACGCAACGUUUUUUUGACCGCAUGCUUGGGAUGCUACGCGACAGCGAUCCGCUAGUGUCGUGCAACGCCCUUGCCGUUCUUGUGGAGGUUUCGCGGGACGUAGAGGCACGCGGGGGUGCGGAGGGCCUCUUUGACGUCACAAAGCCCAUCUUAUAUCACUUUUUGAACAAGUUGCGCAGUGUUCCAGAAUGGCACCAGGCGCAGAUCAUCAACCUUGUACUCCGCUACACUCCUGGAAGCGAGGAGGAGAUGUUUGAUAUUAUGAACCUUCUCGAGGAACGGCUGCAGAGCCACAACAGCGAUUUGAUUCUUAGCGUCUGUAAAGUGUUUUUCCACCUGACUCAGAAUUACCCUGCGGUGUACCGUCAAGUCUUCAACCGACUCAAGCUUCCUCUGCUUUCUCUCGUGUCAUCUGGCUCCAACCCGGAGAUUUGCUACGUUGUACUGUGCCACAUUAAACUACUCUUGCAGCGUGAACCACGUGUGUUUCAGGAUCUAUACAAGGCCUUUUAUUGUCUGUACACGGACCCCACCUAUAUAAAGGCAGUGAAGAUUGACAUAUUGUCUAUGCUGGCAACGGAAGCAUCAUCUACAGACAUCAUUGAGGAGUUUGCGGCUUACGCGCUAGAACGCGACAAGGCUGUGAGGUGUGCGGCUAUUGGGGCAAUGGGACAGGUGGCGUUGCGUCUGCCGUGUACUGCACAAAAGGUGUUGCAACACUUUCUACUCUUUCUUGAGAUGGAAUCUGAUCAAACUCGUGGGAAGAGUCUUGCUGUGAUGAAAGACUACCUGCGCAAAUAUCGCGACAUCGCCGUUGUGCGUCCGUUUCUUGACGCACUUGUGCGGGUCUAUCACGAGAUGAACUUUGCUGAUGAAGAGAGUCGGGUGGCGCUUGUGUGGGUGCUUGGCGAACUCGGUGAACACAUUGAGGAUGCCCCGUACAUUAUUGAAGGAAUGUGUAAUGAGCAUUUACUUGCCGAAACGCCGACAUUUCGCCUGCAGUUUCUCACUUCCGCUGUGACGCUAUUCUUCAAGCGACCUCCUGAGAUGCAGCCGGUACUUGGAACAAUGUUCAAAUUGCUCAUCAAUGAUUUCUCUCACGCGGAUGUACACGACCAGGCGUUGCUUUACCAUCGACUGCUGCGGCAGAACCUGGCGGUAGCAAACAAAAUAAUUGCCGGUCCAAAGGCGGAGAUCAAAUUUUUUGUAGAGGAGCAGAACGCGGUCCUGCGCGACAAACUUCUUGAGGAGUUUGACACCCUUUCGGUUGUGUAUCAGCAGCCGAGUGACACUUUUAUAAAGCCGCCCACUACGGAAAGCGACGCUGAAGUUGAUGACGACUACGACGACGACGCAGCGCAGAACGAGGAAGAACAAGUAGCGAGUGAAACGUCGAUGACGGCGGCGUUUGUCAGCGGUAACCCACAGGAGAAGACGGGAAAUACAGCUGAGUGGCAGAGCGCGUCUUUUGGUCUUUUGGAAAAUGUCUUUGAGCUGUCGGAGGAUCCGCAUAUCGAGCCACAAGAGUUUCAAUGCCGUUGGGGUGCGCUGGGUGAGGCAGAGAUGUGCACGCUGCAGCUGCAGCUUCAGCAAACGCCAGAGAAGGAGACUUUUGAGAAGGGUCUGGAGGAGUGUGGCAUCAUUACGUUGGCCUCUGGCGACCAGGGGAAUGCGCAUAAGUACUACCUGUACGCGCAGGAGGAGGGAAAUGACGCUACUCACUUCCUCCUUGAACUCUUUUUGCACAGCUCCGGUGCUGUGAGUGUUACAGUUAAAUCCGAUAAUCCCCAUAUGCCGCAGUUUAUGCAGCUUCUUCAGAGAGUGAUAGAACAGUUCUGA